CCAGAGGCUACUUGGAGUGAGAGUGGGAGGCAGCUUUAUUGUUUCAGAGGCUUUGGACAUUGGGCUAUUUUUGCCAGUCAAAACUUCCAGGUUAGUGUGAAGACCCGUGUGCAUCAGGAAGUGAGGCCAAGCACACUGGACCCAAGAGUGCACUGAAUGCAGCAGGGAGAGGGAGAUCCUCACACCAUGGCCGUGAACCUUGGGUCACCGACGUCCACUGAGCUGAUGAGCAAAGGCAACCAUGCCACCCUCAGAAGCAGGAGUUGCUUUCUCGUCAGGCACACACCUCAUCCUAGGAGAGUCUGCCACAUCAAAGGCUUGAAUAAUAUUCCAAUCUGUACUGUGAAAGAUGAUGAGAUUGCACUCAGAACCUUGCAGGGAGGCGGUCAGCUCUGCCACCUGGAGAAGAAUGAUGCCACAGCUGCCAAAGGCAGCUACCUGCCCAGCCCUGCAGCCCUAGAGAGCCCUGUCCGAGGAGUGUCUCCAGCCCCAAACAGUGUCAAGAUUCCACCACGGCCACAUUCUGAGCCCAGUAGAAAAGUCAUUGAGUGCUUCAAAACUUCGAGUGACAAUCCUUUUGUAAUAAAAAAGGAAGAGUGUAAGACCAAGAAGCUGCCAUCACCUCCAAAGGCAAGCUCUGCAGCUGGCUCCUCCUCUUCAGAGGAGAGCUGGGAAGUGUUACUUAAGAUGGAGGACAAAGUUCAUCAAGAAACCCAGCAUGAUCAGGUCCUCCAGCAGAAAAGCCAAAGAGAACUAGCAGCUCUCAACAGCUUCAACAGCUCCAGCAGCUUUUCCAAACAUUCCCAACAGUCUUCUGACAGCUUCUCCUGUUUUGCCUUUUAA